AAAUUCGCGAGCUGCCUUUAGCCGACAAGAAGCAUCGCCGACAUCCGUUCGGACCUUGGAGGGUUACGCUUACCCAAAACUUAUUUUCAAAUGGGCCCCGUCGCCUAGCGUUUACUCCCCCAGCCUCGCCGACUGAGUUGAAUUGGGUGCUACGAAACAUCGAGCACGUUUGGUCCCGUAAAAAGGUUUCCAUCAGGUACAGCGACCAACUACAGUAUAAUGGCAUCCAUUCCAGCAGGUGGUUCUCUCGUGGCGACCAACGACUACUACCGAAGGCGCAUCGGUUCUACAUCCAGUAGCAGCUCUUGUGGCAGUUCGGAGUACACUGGAGAGGUCAUCCCUCAUCAUCCAGGGCUCCCCAAGCAGGACUCUGGACAUUGGUGGUCCAGUUUCUUCUUUGGGAAGCAGCCAGGGAUGACCCCUCUGACUGAGGAGGCACAACAGAAGGCGGGGGUCCAAGGAGCAGUGACAAAUGGUCAAAUCACCUGCGUUGCCCGGGAGAUGGUGAUGCAACGUCAGGUGAAUGAGAGCAGCGAUGCAGGAAGCCCCACCUCCUCCUGAUUCCUGCAGUCUCACCCUGAGCCAAGCUGCACCUCACGGGGGGGUGAAUCAACGACCAACGCUAGGUGACGGGACGAUGUCCCAUUUACAACCUUAGUUUUUUUUUUAAUAUAUAUUAUUUGUAGUUGUAGGGCUGCCUUACAUGGAUUUGUUUAUGUAACCUUGUUUUUUAAUUUUUUUUAUUGACGACAAAGAAAAAUACAAAUUUCAAAUAAAUACAAAAACAUGAUUGUGAUGCAACUGAAAAAUCCUUUUUGAACAUUUGUACAGUGUUUGUAUACUGUGUUGCAUAGACACCCUGUUGUGCAUUCACAUCAACAUGCCUUUGUUAAAACCUUUCCACUUUUGUCACUCUGUGAUUGCAAAUGCAAUAAAGUAAGACUCUUGCAGCCUAA